UUUGAUUUGUGAUUUGCACGGGCGAUUUUUAAAUUUCUUCUGAUCUUGCUUUUCCUUUUACUCUAAAUAUGUCUAAAGUAACAAACGUAAACUCUAGCCUCGCUUACGAAAUAUUACUUUACUUGAACAGUUUUUAUUUAGGUAUGUUCUUUGUAUGUGAAGUGGCUAUGGGCAUUCUGAAAGCGAUCAAUGUUUCCUAUCCAGAAAACGCUUUGCUAACUGAAGCCGGCAUAUUUUGUGCUUUAUGCCUUGUGGAAGUCAUUCGUAUAUUCUUAGGUCGAAGAGGCAAUUUGGCUAGUAAAAAAAUUCCAGUGUUCUUUUCUGUGCUAUUAACAAUACCAUCAGCGGUUGGUGUGUGCUACUUCCUUAUUUACCAGACAUACAUUCUCCGCCUGGAAUACAUCUGGUGUGCCGUAAUGCUAAUGUUCCACGGCCUGGAGUUAGCAUUUGCAAUACUCUUCAUCUUCACUGUGUGCAAGAACCAACAAUACGAAUAAAAUAAGUGUCAAAGGAGCUCACUGCCAAGGAGAUACUAAUCGUCAAAAUCAGACUGAACAUUCCAUGUAUUGCUUUAUUCCUGUUCUAAUAUUUACAAGAAAAAGGUCACCUAAAUACAAGUAACUACUGUGGUCUGCUGUGUAUUAAGUCUAUAAUUAUUGUAUUCUAGUGUUGUGAUUUACCAUGGAUCCAAUACGGGUAAGGUUUACCUGCAAAGGUUGUGGAGGUCAGAUGGGAGUUGUUUUAUGUAAAAACCUGACUCACCUAACCUAGUAGGAUCAAUGGUCAAAGACAUACUUCGGGCUCCAAAGUAUGCCUGCAGGGGUGCGGAUGCAACCGGAACUAAAGCCAGAAGAAAAAAGACUAUUGUUGUGAUUUAAUUCUAGUCAAUACAGUAUUAUUAUGUUUAAGCAUUAAUUGUGUUUGUAUAAGUAGCUCAUAGCUUUGUAAGAAGCUUCUGCAAAAAUAUGAAAAAUAAUGAAAAAUAUUAACUCCAUUUGUAACUCAUAAUUACAUACCAUCAAAUAAAACGGAAUAAUAUAUUAAUGGAGGAUGCUCCACUUAACUCCACUGACAAAAGUAAAGAAAUAUCUCAUGAGUAAGAGGUAAGUUAGAUUAUUUAGAGAAUAGAUUCAAAAGGUUUAAUUAUGUAUUUGUACCUAUAUUACAAGAUGCCUGUAGACUUACGCCUUAAAGGCUUAUAAUUACCAUUACUUUUCUCAUGAUAGCAGGGAAGAAGUUUAAUAUUUUAGUAAAGAAGAUAACAAAAAUACAUAUGUAUUUGUUUUAUGAUCCAAUCAAAUUGGUAAAACAUAAAGAAUAUGAUUAAAAAAUAUUAGUACCCACUGACGUUCAUGUUUUAGUAUUGCCAAUAGUAAAUUUUAUGCAAAAUAAAAUACUACAUUACAUUAUACAUACAUUCCUGUAAGAUAUGUUUGA